AUGUCUAUUGCUAUGGCUACAUGGAACUCUCUGCCUAUACGAGCUAGCCCGGCGGCGGAGGAAAUGGCACAGAGCCGAAAGGAGAGUGGAAACGCGUUCUACCAUCCCAUGUCCUCACCUCUACUGAAGACCAAGAAAGCAGAGCAGCAACAACAAGUCAGAGAUAACAAGCGUCAGGAGAAGCUUCGACUUGAGCGUGAGAAGAUACACAGCCGGGAAAGUGACGAGGAGCGUAGGAGACGCCUUGAUGAGCAAGCGGCGGCGUACCAGGCAGAUAUCGAUGUCCUAGUGGCUGAAGAAGAGGAACAACAGCGUCUAGAAGAAACGCCAAAGGGAAACGAUAACCAGGAACUCAAUUAUGAGGAGGAACUAGAAGAUUUCUUGACUGAAGCUGACCUUGAGCUCGAAGCACAGCUUAAAGCCAUGAACAUUACCUAA